UAAAAGAAAUUUCCAACCAACAAACAAACGAAACAUGGGAUGGAAACAGAUCACACUAUCACUGCAUUCGUAAAUCAAUAUCCAAAUCAAACCUCUGGAGAGAAAGAAAGAAAGGGAAGAGGAGAGAGAGAGGCGAAGCCACCCGCAAAGCAUCAGCAGAAAACACCAAAAACAAAAGAGAGAGAUCCACCUCGAACCCCUCUCCCCCACCACCCCCCCCCUCCUCUCUCUUCUCCUUUCUGCACCCCCCAAAUCUUCGUCCAUUUAUUCCCUUUUCUCAUCUGAUACCAAUCGAUCGGUCCACUUUGGAUCUCCAAAGCUGCAAUAAGAAGAGAAGGGAUGAGGGAAGAGGAGGAGCCGAACUGGUUCGCACGGUGGGAGGAGCAGCUCCCGAGCCCGGAGGAGUUGACGCCCCUCUCCCAGACUCUUAUCACCCCCGACCUCGCUAUCGCCUUCGAUAUCCCCAUCGCCGCAUCCAACCCUAUCCCUAAUCCUUCUCUCCACCACCUCCACCCGGCUCCGGCCCUCCCCCCGCCCGCACCCGCUCCGUCCUCCCAGCCCCCGCCCGACUUCGACUCCCCCGAUCACCUCUCCGCCGCCGCCUCCGGCGGCGGGUCCGGCGGUGGCGGCGACGAGCCCGCCCGCACCCUGAAGCGACCGCGGCUGGUGUGGACCCCGCAGCUCCACAAGCGGUUCGUGGACGCGGUGGCCCACCUGGGGAUCAAGAACGCCGUCCCCAAGACCAUAAUGCAGCUGAUGAGCGUCGACGGCCUCACUCGCGAGAACGUUGCCAGCCACCUACAGAAGUACCGCCUCUACCUCAAGCGCAUGCAGGGACUCAGCUCCUCCGCCGGCGGCGCAGCCGGAGGUGCCGCCGGUGGAGGAGCAGGCGGCCCCAUCUCCGCCGCCGAUGCUGCCACCGACCAGCUUUUCGCCAGCGGACCUGUUCCUCACCAUUUCCUCGGCCGCGGGCCUGGGCCGGAGCCCUUCAUGCCGUUCGUGCCCGUUGCUGCGCUGCAGCAUCACCAGCAGAUCACGGCCGCCGUGCAGCAGCAACAUCAGCAGCAGUACUACCACCAGAGACAUAUGGGCCAUUUCGGAUCGCCGACGACCGGGGGAUAUGAUCAUGGCUUUCUAGCGCGGACUGUGCCGCAGCCACGGAUGCAUCGGACGGUGGGGUCAGCGGCGGUUGGCUUGGUGCCACCUCCGCCACCACCUGCACCAUCCGCAGCCUCGUAUGUGGAGGAUUUGGAAUCGGGCAGCAGAGGAGCAGGUGGUGGGAGGAGGGUCCUAACACUUUUUCCCACAGGCAAAGAUUGAUUUCGGUAUUUCAUUUCCCCUCUUUAUUCAAAUUAUAAAAUGCAUAAUUGUGUUUUUGGGGGGAAGAAUUAAGUUUACAGAAUAGUAUGACAGAUUUUUGGACUCCAGUUUAGAUUUUCCACGGUCGUCAUCAUCAUCAUAAUCGUCAAUGUUGUUGUUGGCUGUCAUCAUCAUUCUUGUUGUUGUGAUUAAUGGAGCUUGGUGCAGAGGCAAUUAGGAGGGAAAUGGCUAUAAUGUUGUAGAUUCUGCAUAUUUUUGGACAAAAUUAGGUAUCGGAAGUUUGAACUAGGUUGCCGGCUUCUACUACUUGUUCUCCAUUGCGGUUGAGGAAAUUCCUUUUCAUUUGAAUAUCUGGGUUCUAAAUUCUGGGUGCUUUGGUUGUUUAUGUGGUAACACAAACUGGGCUUUGGUUGAGUAGAAUUGAAUGGAUUCUCUAAUUUUUGGACAAGUUGCACUAGGAGCUGCUGUGAUAUAUUGGGCACAGUGAAAUAAAACAAGUGGGAUUCAGGGGGAUUAGUGAUC